GGCCCACUCGCUGCUGCUGCUGCCUGGGAGGCUGCUGUGCAAUAACGCACAAGGAAGAGGAGGAGGAGGAGGAGGAAUAAGAGGGGGGUGAAGAGUCCCUUCCAGCUGUCGGGAGCAUCACUGACAAGCUGCUUGGUCCUCCCCGAAAAACGUGCGCGUGUGUGACAGAUCACCGCUUCCCGAACCAGCCCUCGGGUUCAGGGUUUGCCGCUCCUGGCCAGCGCCAAUCUGAGGUGGGUAUAAGGAGGGGGCGGGAAGGUUAGUUUGAAGAGGGCAGAGCUUUGCGAGAGGCCCCCCUCUCUUAUAUUAUUUCACCGCUGGUGAGGAAAAAGAGAAAAGAAAAAAAAAAACAGUGGAGAAUAAGAGCUGAGGGAGAAAUCAGUCGGACCCAUCGUCAGAAGCUCAUUAACUCGGAGAGAAGAGGAGGAGAGAGGAGGAAGAACACGCCGCUGAUACACUGCUGCUGGGGUCUUCUGUUUAUACUGAUAUGGCUGCUGCACUUUGGAAGACCAAAUCUCUGGACUUGGGCUUGUGGAUCUGUCUCCUGCUCCUCAACCUCCUUCCUCACGCCAGGGCAGUAGUUGGACACAGAGAGCCGCUGCCUGAUGAUAGCAAAGACAAUAUCACCAUUUUCACCCGGAUCCUAGACAGGCUGCUGGAUGGAUACGACAACAGGCUACGUCCUGGGCUGGGAGAGAGUGUGACAGAAGUGAGGACAAACAUCUACGUGACGAGUUUCGGGCCGGUGUCAGACACAGACAUGGAGUACACCAUCGAUGUCUUCUUCCGUCAGAGUUGGCGGGACGAGAGGCUUAAGUUUGAUGGGCCCAUGCAGGUUUUACCCCUCAACAACCUCCUGGCCAGUAAGAUCUGGACUCCUGAUACCUUCUUUCACAACGGAAAGAAAUCUGUGGCCCACAACAUGACGACUCCCAACAAGCUGCUACGGCUGGUUGACAACGGCACGCUUCUCUACACGAUGAGGUUGACCAUUCAUGCCGAGUGCCCCAUGCACCUGGAGGAUUUCCCGAUGGAUGCACAUGCCUGUCCUCUGAAGUUUGGAAGUUAUGCUUACACGAACAAUGAGGUGAUCUACCUGUGGACUCAGGGAGACGAGAGGUCUGUUGCUGUGGCGGAGGACGGCUCAAGGUUGAACCAGUACGACCUGCUGGGUCACGUUAUUGGCAAAGAGACCAUCAGCUCCAGCACAGGUAGAAGAGGAGAAUAUGUAGUGAUGACAACAUAUUUCCAUUUGAAAAGGAAAAUUGGCUAUUUUGUGAUUCAGACCUACCUGCCGUGCAUCAUGACUGUCAUACUGUCUCAGGUCUCCUUCUGGUUAAACAGGGAGUCGGUUCCUGCUCGCACUGUGUUUGGGGUCACCACUGUCCUAACCAUGACCACCCUGAGCAUCAGUGCUAGAAACUCCCUCCCUAAGGUGGCCUAUGCCACUGCCAUGGACUGGUUCAUGGCCGUGUGCUAUGCCUUUGUCUUCUCUGCCUUGAUUGAGUUUGCCACAGUCAACUACUUCACCAAGCGCAGCUGGGCAUGGGAUGGGAAAAAAGAGGGCAUGGAAAUAAGGGAACCGUUUCAGGCUAACAUGGCCAGGAUUAACGAUAUGAGAAGAGAAUCUGCGACUUUGUCCAAAAAGGCAAACAACACCUUCAACAUUGUCGGAACCACAUACGCCAUCAACGUUGCUAAAGACCAGGGUUUGACAACCAUUUCCAAGAGUGCCACUGCAGCGGCGGCCAAACACCAGUAUCUGCAUAAAAUGGAUGACCCCUACACGGAGGCCAAGAAGUCCUACAACCGUGUCAGCAAAGUGGACAAGAUAUCGCGCAUAAUAUUCCCAGUUCUGUUCUUCAUCUUCAACUUAGGCUACUGGGCCACAUACGUCAACAGAAAGCCCGCUAUCAUGAAGGCAAACAACCAAAACUGAAUUUGACCAAAUGCUAGGCCUGAUCUGGUUCAGUUCAGAGUGUAGACAGGUUGCAGAAGGCCAAGUCCAUUACAUCUUAUUGUGUGUGUGUGAGUGUGUGUAUGAGUGUGCGCGUGUGUUUGGUGUGUCUGUCUUUUCUUAAGAGUUUGAUAUUUUGCACGUCUGUAUAGAUGGAAGGCAAAUUUGAACAUACAAUAGAUUCACAUCUAGUAGUGGACAUUGGAGGGAGCACAUCCUCACAUCAGACUGUGUUUGUGUAGCGUUUUCUUUUCUCCCCUCCACACUUAGCUCUGGCCCUGUUCCCUUUUGUGAGUAACCAAAUUGUUCCUUUGCUGUAUCUUGAUUGCUUGCUGUUUUGUAGGAGUAGUCAAAUUGUAUUUUCACUAUGUUUUGACAUGUUUGCGCUUUGCUUGUAAUAAGUUAGAGCAAGCAUGCGUUGAAGUUUUCAUUGUAGCUCAUUACCACUGAUAAGGUUUUGACACAUCCAUCAAGUUAAAAACACGCAUGCACGCACGCACACAUACGCACAGUGAUGCAUCAGAAUUUGUUGGUCGUUUUGCUGUGCUCUGUUAGCCGGGGGCAGGGUGUAUAGUUCCAUAGGAACAUCAUUAAUAAUCUUCCGUGUCUGGCCUUCAGCUUGCGCUGAAUCUCAACAGACCCAAUGCAGUUUCAUCUGGAAUUGCUUUCGCGUCCCAUGGGGCUGCCUGUACAUUUUCUAGUCCAGUGGCUCUUAUUGUUUUAACUGGCUGACUGUGUUCAAUGACAGAGAAGCUAUGUGCCUUGGUGAAUACACACAUCAUAAAGAAAAAGGCUUUGACACACUCACACUUGCAUAUACAGCACACAUAUGCACAAAAGGUCUGUGUGUAUAUUACAUGUAAACAUACACGGGUGUCCACAGGCUCUGUGCACUGCUGUAUGUGGCUAUGCCCCGCCCACCCACGGCCCAUGGGCUUGGGCACCGAGUGUAAAAUUGCUCAUUAGUGUGGAAGGGUAACAGACUUCUGCCUGUGAAAAGACAAAGCGAAGAGAUUAGAAGGCUCCAGCGUAGUCCAGAACAAUUAUCAUGUGCAUUUAUGUUUUGGCUCCCGGUGUGGCGUCUCAAUGAGCCGAGCAGUCAUAACAAACUACCACCAUUACCUCAGACUGAAGUCAAAUUCUGAAUAGCAGAUUAUUAAACCCUUUCCAUGGAAAUGCAAAUAAAACUAGAUGUUUUAUGCAUUAAAUCAUAGCAGACACUUUCUUUCUUUAAGUAUACCGUGGGCAGGAACCCUGCUGCCUUGAUCUCUUUGUUAUUUCUCUGCAUCAGGCUCUGUAGCUGUUUGGCUCCAUUAUGAUUUUUUUCUGCAUUUCUGCCUCAUCAUAAGAAAGAGUUUGAUUCAAGUUGUACUUCUGCCCUUUUAUACUUGAUUGUGUAAAAGUAUAUUGGUGUUGAUUCGCUUGUCUACAAACAGUAUAUGCUGUUCUGGUUUUGUGUUUUGUAGUAGACAACAAAGGCCAACGUGUCACAGUCACACUGUAUUCCUGAACACAUUUUGGAGAUAUUCUAUCACCACUGGAGACUAUUACACUGCAAAAAUGCAAUGAAAUCAAUGAAAAGAAAAAGGUUACUUGUGUCUCCAACAAUAAAACGAUAAACUAGAUUUAAUGUUUGUGAUCCCACUGAAGAGCAAACCAGCCGAACUGAUUAUUUUUUCAACAAGGACAUUUUAUUCGUCUCCAGAUGUGGCAGCUGUCUCCAAACUGUGUCUUCCAUUUGUUGAGUGACAUUUGUAUUUUUGUUUUGUGUUGAAUUUGGUAUGCGUCUAUACAAAUGUUAUAUAAUUAUAAGGCAAUUUCUGUUGCUGGAUGCACUCUGGUAUAUUUUGCAUUAUCCCCAAUUGAGGACUCUUUGACGGCCACUGUACCUUAGACCCGGCUGCAGUGGAUCUCCUCAAACUGUAUCCUCAGUGGUAUAAGCUUAGGAGAAUGGCUGAACCGUGUGUUGACCUCUCUGGAGAUGUGUUAAUCCCACAAACCAUGUAUCAAUGUGUCAGUCAUUGGUCAAUGCAUGACAAUCUGUACAUGUGUGUCUGCAUCCGCCACACUGAAAUAGGGCAUAGUAUCUAUGUUUCUGUAGUUCGUCCCAGUUACUCAUGAAUUACCUGCUCAACCUCUGCAGCUUCUCACGCUUCAACUCCAAUAAUUUGUGAGUAUUGAUGUAAUGCUAAUAAUUUACAGAUGUUCUGAAGGUGUUUUCACCCUCAUCUGGUAGUGCAUUGAUUUUAGGUCAAACUCAACACACACACAACUAUGUUCUUCUUCUAUCUCUGAAAAGGGAAGUCAGUUUGCGAAUGGAGAUCCAUCACCAUACAAACUGCAAUUUCGAUCCCACCUGGGUAAACAACUUCAGAUCUGUUCAAACUAAGGUUUGAUGUGAAAAUGAAAGUUAUCAUUCUUUUUUGUUGUUCAUUAGUAUAACUGAUGAAUAACAGAUUGGACACUUAUUCAUUUAUUUUAUCAUGAUUAAAUGUUGUGGUUGGUGGUAUCAGUCUCACCCACUCUAAAAAGCAUCCCACGUGCAUGAGGACCAUAGAGACCUCACAGUACAUGUUGUUUAUUUUAUUCAUCCACUGACUUGGAACAUAAAUGUGCAUCUCCUGGAAAACCAUAUUCAUAUUCAACCUAGAAUUGCACUUAGUAGAGCACAUACCUCCAACAGCCUCCCUAAAUUCAACUAAAUUGCAGACACUCAUAAAUAUCAGUUCCUUAAAUGUGCCUGAUUAUUUAUAAGAUCCCUGAAUUAUUCCCUUGACAAAUGGUGAAAAAUGUGGAUAAAACACCUCUCGUAAUGUUAGAGAAAGUGAAACAAAUUAACGGAUCUGGAUAAAACUUUAAUGGCUUCUUCCCUGACCCAUACCACAUCCUUCCACCAAGUUUUGUGGAAAUCAGUGUAGUUGUUUUCGUGUAAUCACGCUUACAAUCCAACUAACAAACAAAAGGACAGGGGUGAAAACAUAACCUCCUUGGUGGAGGCAAACAAAACAAUAGACAGACCGACAUGAUAAACUUAUUAAACUCAUAUAGUGAAAAUAUGAGGUAAAAUAUUUAAUAUCUCAACACCAUCAUGGAGGAAAAUAAAGAGGAGUCAUAACAGUGCUGACACAAGGUCUCUUAUAUAUGAAAUACUACUGUGAGGAGCCCAGUCUCAAACUGAUUCAUGAUACACAUCUGCUGUGGGUGUUCAAAGCCGGCUACCCGCUGCUAAUUCAGGAUCUGAUGACACACAGUGCUAAUGUUUAUGUAUGAUUCCUCUGAGUAAUGUGAUCGUCGUACUUUGGUUAAGUCGUUUUGAGCAUCAGCCGCUGGGUAUUUAAACUGGAAUUCUGAAAUAGCAUACCUCAGAGACGGUAAUAAAAAAAAAAUCAACCCCAAGCACACCGGCUCACCUCGAACCAGUUGACAAGAUCAGUAUGAAGUGGUACCAAAGAUGCAUUCACAAAGGAGUUUCAUCUGCGUUCAAACUGUAAAGUAAUGCGAGUGUAGCAGAUGUGAUGAAUGCAAUUUCAUCCCGCACACAUUUGUAAAGUUAGGGAUUUUAAAAUGUAAAAUUAGUCGUAUUAAUAAGGAAACUAUUCCCCAGAAAAGUUAUUGGAACUAUAUGAGUGUUUCUUCAGUAUCUCGCUUUCUGAAAUGGUUUACAAGGAGAUUCAUUUCGAUUUUGGUGUUUACUCCAUUUGUGAUGUGACACUUGAAUGUUUAUUAUGUAUUUGUUCACCUUCCUAUGUUCAUAUUUAUUUCUGUAUGUCUGGUUAUCUAUUUCAUGAUAGCUCCAAAAGGUUUAAAACAAAUUUCCCUGAGUGCAAUAUGCAAAAUGAUUUACAGAGAAGAAAGAAAAAUAAAGUUAAGACACACGGCCACACAACCACAACCUCUGCAGCUGAACUACAGAAGGACUGAUAACUGGCCAUAGCAAAGAAAAAGAAAAAAAUUGCAAAAUUAAAAGAUGAUGCAUUAUAUUUGAAAAAAUAAAUUUAAACUAGACAGUAUUUUUAUUUGUAUGCAUGCAUACUGAAGUUAUAGAAUUUUUUGACAUCUUCAUUCCUGACGGGUUUGGAUGAACAGAACUCUACUGUAUUGUUGCCAUUCUGUUUGGUUGUGAUUGUAUUAUUCAUGUGAUAAGUAUUUUCCACACAGGGCCAGAGUUAACUUCAGCAGAAACAUGUCAUCCUAUAAGAUAUAUAUUAAGAGUAUAUUACUAUAUGAAUACAUUUAUGCUAUUCAGUAAAGUAUUAAAUAUUAUAUGUUUUAUACAACAUAACCGCUACAGAAUUGAUGCAAAUCUCUCAAUGGUAGAAAGCCGUAGACAAAUAGAUUAAGGAAACAAAUUAUUAAACUAAGUGGCAACAAACUGACAAGUGUUACCAAGUUGUGAAUUUGUAGAUAUUGUGAAAUCAAUUCAGAUAGUUUUUGUGAAUAUUGAUAUGUCACGUCAUUUAUUUUUACAUCUGAUAAGUACUGCUGUCUUACUUUGAGCUCUGUAACACUACGUGUUAUGGUGGUUAUAAGACAUACACUAGAGAUAAUAUUCAUAAAGCUACUUACAAGAUCAGUACCCUGUGUGCACUUUUCAAACCUUACUGUGAAUUAGCAGCUGUCUGCAAACAGAGUUGUACACACCUUGUUCUCUCUACUGCAAUUUCACUGCAUGUCUCUACGCAUCGAGAUCUAAACGACUUUCCACACAAAGGCAGCUCCAGGAGAUGAGUGGACUGUCUUUGGUGGGAGGUCGUUCUCUAUAUGCUCAGUGACUGGACUCUGUAUGUUGCCCUGUCUCGUUCAUGUGCUUACUGUAUGAGAUGUAGGAAAUGGAAAUGGGGAUUAAAAGGACGUUGCAUUUUA